CCCCCCCCCCCCCGCGCAUCCUCAUCUGAUCCCCCUUCUACGUGGUCGUCAAUGGCCAUUCAUCCCUGCUUGUAGUUGUAUCUACCCCUUCUAAACCCCACCCACCUUCCCUCCCCCAAUUCCUUCAUCAUUUUUUUUAUUCCCCCCGAAUCUUAUCUCAUCCCUCCGGCAGGUCCGUGUCCUCUACGCAGGCGCCCCCGCCCCCCCUUUUUUUAAGGGCGGUUUAGGGUUUCCUUUCCCACCCGUGGAUUGGCAAACUCUCUUCCUCACUCACUCAACCCACCCCACCCCAACUUGAUCGAAUCAAAUCCCAUUUUCCCGGGUUUGGGAUUUGAUUGGUUUUGGCCUUUUAUUGUUUUGAGUGCCGACGUUGACCUGCAAGGGCAGAGCAGCUCAGGUGCUUGACACAUCGCUUUCGGAUCCAAUCCCAUCUUCCCCUGCGCCUGCGCCUCUGCCUCUGCCCCUCCUUCGCUUUGGGUCAAUCAAUCCUAUUCCUUUGAGACUGAGCUUGCUCAGAUCCAAAUUCUUUUGUCACCGGGACCCCCAUUUCGCCAUGAACGCAGCCGCACAGCCGCCUCCAGCCGCCGCAGCACCGGGCGGCGGUGGGGUGCAGAUCCACCAGUCGCGCAGGCUGCCGGACUUCCUGCAGAGCGUGAACCUCAAGUAUGUGAAGCUGGGUUACCACUAUCUAAUGACGCAUCUGCUGACUCUCCUGCUGGUCCCUCUCAUGGCGGUCAUCAUCAUCGAGGCCUCCCAGAUGAACCCGGAGGACAUCCACCAGCUGUGGCUCCACCUCCACUAUAACCUCGUCAGCGUCAUCAUUUGCUCUGCUUUCUUGGUAUUCGGUUGCACUGUCUACAUCGUGACCCGACCCAGAUCCGUUUACCUCGUCGAUUACUCCUGUUACCGGCCACCGGACCGCCUCCAGGUGAAGUUCCACCAGUUCAUGGAACACUCCGAGCUCACUGGUGAUUUCGAUGAGUCCUCCCUGGAAUUCCAGAGGAAAAUACUCGAGAGGUCGGGCCUCGGGGAGGAGACGUACGUGCCCGAUGCCAUGCACUACCUCCCACCGCGUCCGUCCAUGGCUGCUGCCAGGGAAGAAGCAGAACAAGUGAUGUUUGGUGCCCUCGACAAUCUGUUCGCGAAUACUAAUAUUAAACCCAAGGACAUCGGGAUCCUUGUCGUCAACUGCAGCCUGUUUAACCCGACUCCGUCUCUCUCUGCUAUGAUCGUUAAUAAAUACAAAUUGAGGGGCAACAUUAGGAGCUUCAAUUUGGGAGGGAUGGGCUGCAGUGCUGGAGUUAUAGCUAUUGAUUUAGCGAAAGAUUUGUUACAAGUCCAUCGUAACACUUGUGCUGUGGUUGUGAGCACUGAGAAUAUCACCCAGAACUGGUACUUCGGGAACAAGAAGUCCAUGCUUAUACCGAAUUGCCUUUUCCGGGUUGGUGGAGCUGCAGUUCUGUUGUCAAACAAAUCUGCUGAUUGGAGGCGGGCGAAAUACAGGCUCGUCCAUGUGGUCAGGACCCACUGUGGUGCUGAUGAGAAAGCCUUUAGGUGUGUCUACCAGGAACAAGAUGAUAACGGGAAGACAGGGGUGUCUCUUUCCAAAGAUCUAAUGGCGAUUGCUGGCGGUGCCCUCAAGACCAACAUCACGACCCUGGGGCCGCUCGUGCUGCCGAUCAGCGAGCAACUCCUGUUCUUCGCGACACUCGUGGCGAAGAGGUUCUUCAACGCUAAGGUCAAGCCGUAUAUCCCUGACUUCAAGCUCGCGUUCAACCACUUCUGCAUCCACGCUGGUGGGAGGGCUGUUAUUGAUGAGCUUGAGAAGAACCUCCAGCUCCUCCCUAUCCACGUGGAGGCCUCUCGUAUGACCCUCCACCGGUUCGGGAACACAUCCUCGAGCUCGAUCUGGUACGAGCUCGCCUACACGGAGGCCAAGGGUAGGAUGAGGAAGGGGCACCGUGUCUGGCAGAUUGCAUUUGGGAGCGGGUUCAAGUGUAACAGUGCAGUGUGGCAAGCUAUGAGGAACGUCUCCCCAUCGCUGAACAGUCCGUGGUUGGACUGCAUUGAUAAGUAUCCUGUGCAGACAGUCGUGUAAUUUAUUAUCGUGUUGCGAGUUUGUCUCGCGUAGACAGUGUUACUUCACUCGAGGAGGACAUGCAGAUAGAAAAUGUUAGGUAUAAGCUGCUGUCAGGUUUUCGCUCUGUUGGUAAUCCUGCCUGCCUCUUGAUUCUUAGGUCGUUAAACUGAGACUGUUUACAUAUCAUUCUGUGUCCAGAUCUCACGCUUUCUCGGUUUCACGAUGAUCGGGUUUCAUUUCACUUGCCUUUUUUUCUUCUUUUUUUUUUUGAGUGUGGCAGGAGAUGGUUUCGAGUGCAGUCUUCUUGAUUCGUGUUCACUGUAUGGAUGUUGUUUGCAGUUGAAUAUCGGAUAUGGUAACUCUUGUACGAGUAAAUUGGUCCGUAUGCUCCCUUUGCAGAUGGCCUUUCCGUCCCA